CACCCCUCCCUCUCCUCCAUCUUCUACACUCAGAUCCUCUCCACUCUUCCUCGCUCCCGUUCCUCGCUCUUUCGUACCGGCAUCGACAAACCGAACGUUGCUGUUUUGGGUUUUCUCGCUGGCCCGCAUUUCUCCCUAUCCGUUUCUCUCCGGGUCUGCACCCGUGACGCCGCCUGUAAAGCUCCCGGCCCGUUGUGAGUAACAGCAGCAAUCGGGCUCGACGAAAGAUUUGCUCCGUCGACCACGCGAGACCCCGUCGAUUCGCACUUUUGUCCUACCCAGUCUGGUCCGCCGUCCGCUCCGAAAAAGCAAUUUUUACAUGGCGUACACUUGGCCCACUUUCCAUCUCUCAUCGAUUCAGUGAUCAUUACGUCUUUGGAGGGGCAUGAUUUGCGCCCGCAGUCCUCGACAUCAUGACGUCCAAACAGACUGACUUCGCCGAUGGGAGAAACCCUGCGCAAUUCGCAAACCCAGAGCCUCAGUCCGUAGACCGGAUGGCUUCCGGACGACAUUCUGAUUCGGGCAGCAGUGACGCUAAAAUUAAGCAGCAACCGGCUCAAGUCCGGUUUUCCUCUGUAACUGAGGAAUAUGAGCUCCCAGAGUCGUCUGCGGAUGCAAACCGGGCCGCGUCCCAGAACAGUCAGAAGCAGGAAGAUGAGCUUCGCUCUCUCGCCGCUUCCCUUCAGAAAUCCACGCUACAAGAGUCAAGACUGUUCAACUUCUCAUACGAUCCAGUGUCUCUGCCAACGUCAAGAGUCGCUUCUCGAGAGUCAAGCGAGCGGAAUGGAUCGAAUCUGCCUUCAACUCAUACCUCUCCUCCAGCCUCGGCAAUGCAAUCGCCUCCUCUCACGCCAGCCGCGACUCAUUCGCAUGAAGCGAAAAACAACGAUUCUGCACCCGGUGAGCCUGCCCAGACAACAGCGAAGCAAGCGCCUCCUCUGCCGUCCCAGCCGUCCGAGAUCACCCCGUCAGCUUCGCCGCCAACAAGCGCACAGUCCAAGAAUGCAGUUGCACAGAGCGCCCCCAGUUCACGCCCUCCGUCAACAGAUCAACUGUCGAAACAAACUGGUGUCACCCAGACAUCCUCGCAUCCACUCAAUGGGACACGACAUCGAGCACAGUUCUUCGUUGGCCCUGAAGCAGGCUCUCGUGAUGAAAGCCCACCAAUGACACCCAGCGUCGCCGUCAACAGCUAUACUCCUCCAGGCGCGAUUACCCCAAUCGGCGAACCGAAUGACCCUUACGCACGCAGCAAGCGGCCCCCUCAAUCGAAAAAUCUUGCGCAGCUUGACCCGCGGUUCAUAUUUAACGGUCGUGACUUGAAGCGCAGGGGUCAACAUUCUGGAACGUAUGCUCGCCCAUCAACGGCGCGCUCCUCCAGUGCGUCGGAUCUAAAGGGAAGCGACAAGCGUGCCGGUAUCUUCGGGGGGAAGAAAGAUGUGCGACAGCCAGAUACAGAGAGCAAGCCGCAUGGCCAUAUGGCGGAACUCAAGCGAUUCUUCAAGAUGGGCCACAAGCAUAAGCGCGGGGAAUCACCUACGUCGAAGAAAUCCAGCCGCUCAUCCGGAAAGAACACGCCUUAUCAAAUGGCAACCGAUAACGUCCCAUUUGCGGAUGAUCAUGGUCUCAACUCCAAGUAUGGUAAGCUUGGGAAGGUUCUGGGCUCGGGCGCCGGUGGCUCUGUUCGGCUGCUAAAGCGUAAUAGCGACGGUGUAACAUUUGCCGUUAAGCAGUUCAGGGAGCGCCAUUCCUGGGAAACAAUGAAGGAAUACUCCAAGAAGGUGACUGCUGAAUUUUGCAUUGGGUCCACUCUUCAUCACGGAAAUAUAAUCGAAACACUCGAUAUCAUUCAAGAGGGAAGCCACUGGUACGAGGUUAUGGAAUAUGCGCCGUACGACUUGUUUGCAAUUGUCAUGACGGGCAAGAUGUCGAAAGAAGAAGUCGCCUGCUCUUUCAAGCAGAUCCUAAGUGGUGUUGCUUACCUCCACGGAAUGGGUUUAGCUCAUCGGGACUUGAAAUUGGACAACGUAGUAGUCAAUGAGCAUGGAAUCAUGAAGCUCAUUGAUUUUGGAAGUGCAGUGGUUUUCCGAUAUCCAUUUGAGAACGACAUAGUGCCUGCAUCAGGAAUCGUUGGCUCGGAUCCAUAUUUGGCACCAGAGGUUUAUGACGAGAAAAAAUAUGAUCCUCGCCCAACAGAUAUCUGGUCUCUGGCUAUUAUUUUCUGCUGCAUGAGCCUACGCAGAUUCCCAUGGAAGCAACCCCGAGUUAGCGAUAACUCUUAUAGACUGUUUGUUUCAACGCCAACACCGGGCACUCCGGUACCAGACGCUGAUCCAAGACGGCACCGCCCCGUCAAAUCUGCGCCGGAUUUACAUAGUGCCGCCAUUGAGGACAAGCCUCCGCAGUACGCGGCAAACAUAAGCGAAGAGCCUUCGAAAAUCAUGGCUACGCCCCCGCGGUCCCCUGUUAAGCCCACGACAGGCAACCAAGAGGAAAACCUCCCCCCGGAGACCACACAGGAGAAGCCACCAACAAAGGACACCAACUGUGAUAAGGCUAAUACACAGAACAAACCCACUCGGACCACCAGCAAAGAGGCACCUCCGCUUCCGCCCGGGUCGGCGCAAGCGGCUGGUCAACGUCAGGAAGUCAUAAAAGGGCCUUGGAGGCUACUUCGGCUCCUUCCCCGGGAAAGCCGCUACAUCAUUGGUCGCAUGCUCAAAGUGAGCGUGAAAGACCGGGCAACGCUUGACGACGUGCUCACGGACGAGUGGGUCCGCAAUAUCAGAGCAUGUCAGCAGGAGGUGACUGGAGAAGUGAUCAAAGCUCCUGGCCAUACGCACGUCCUUGAGCCCCCUUCCCCUAGUGUGCCGGUGGCCAGCAAGGCCAAAUGAUUCUGCCAGCUGAUUGUGUAUAAUGAGCAACCUGAAAAGCUUCUAUCUUUCCGUGUUUUGCGUUUCUAGAUGCAUGGCGUCUGUGUUUAUACCGUUCUUUCAUAUGGAUUUUUACGGCUCUGCUAACUAUAGUUAGACCAGACGUGUCAUCAAUCCUUUCUGGAAUUUGCUUUCUGUUUUCCCCCAGGUGGUGGAUUUGUUUUACUUUCUUUGCGAAAGAUGUCCGUGGUCAAUUGUUUAUACACCAUCUUGCCUUGACUACCUAAUUUCCAACUUGUGUUUUCAGUCUCGACUCGGCGUUGUGGGUGCCCAUGCUGCAGCACUUUAUUUGCCUUUCUCCGGGACUUGGUCGCUAGAUUCCUUUCUCCUUUUCUUCUUCUUUUUACUUUCUUCUCUCCGUACUGUGUUAUUCCCUUUUGGCUUCGUUCUUAACCUCCAAGAAAGUCCACAGAAAGUCCACCUUGUACAUGAGUCUCGCGAUACGGUCUUUGCCAUCCUCAAUGUCUGUUUCCUUUAUUUACCUGUCGUUAAUUCUACCCAAAGACCAGCAUAGCAAUAGAU